AUGUACUCGUACAGCUGCCUGGCAUCCGGGGAGGGCGCCUGGCCUCCGCUGCAGCCCCUAACCUACACCUACCUGCCCGGCUCUCUGCUGCUGCUCCCCAUCCACGCCCACAGCUUCUGCAGUCGGCCCCCCAGCCUGACCGCGGGCGAGUGGCCGGCUCCGCGGGAAUACCACUGCUUCCAUGGCUCAGGAGCGCCCCUGGCGGCAGCGCUGCCCUCGUGGGCCUUCCCGCAGGCCUACGCCGCGGCCCUGUACCCGCCUUUCCCGGCGCCCGGCUACCUGGGGCCAUCGCUACAAGGGCCCGCGGCAGAAGGGACGGCGGCUGCUCACCGCGGGGCGCCGUGGCCCGAGGGCGGCACCCUGCAGACCGAGCUGCGCUGGGGCCACGUGCACCGCGCGCACGGCCCGCGCCUCGAGCUGCCGGACGUGGUGCGCCGGGAGCUGCGGCGAGUGUACGGCACGUACCCGCGCACCGACGUGCGCGUCACCUACCGCGGCGGCCAGUUCUUGCUUCAGGGCGCGCCGCACGUCCCGGAACCCGAGUACCGUGUGCAGAGGCGUGUGCUGCGGCCGCCUGCCAGCAGCGACAGCGGCGACAGCAGCCCGGCCACGGAAGCGGCGGAGCGUGGCCGCCGGAGGAAGAGGAAAGGCCCGAGCUGA